AUGCUUCUGGGACAAAAGGUCAAUGUUUCAGUUGUUAAUUUAUUUGUUGUGGUAGCAAUUGUUUGUAUACCACUUUCAAACCUGGAAUCCCACUCGCACAACAGCUGGAGCGAGACAGUUCGCUUCAGGCACCUGUAUGCUGCCAGGGCAGGAGUACAUCUUCUGAUUCAAGAAGAUGGACAGAUUCUCGGCUCUGCAGAUCAAACUCUGUAUAGCUUGCUGGAGAUCCGCCCAGUGGAUCCAGGCUGUAUUGUAAUCAAGGGCAUUGAAACUGCGCAGUUUCUUUGCAUGGAAGUUGAUGGAAGGUUGUACUCAUCGCACAUCUACAGCAGAGAUGACUGCACUUUCAGGGAGCAAAUCUUGCCAGAUGGAUACAGCAUCUACAUCUCUGUCAGGCAUGGAGUACUCCUUAGCCUGGGCAAUCAUCGGCGGCGACUGCAAGGCAGAGACAGCGGUGUCCCAGCUUUGGCUCAAUUCCUGCCUCGAAUCAGUACAGUGGAUCAGGCAUCAACUCCAGCACUGCAGUCCUUUCAUCAUCCGAGCCAGGAUGCAUCACAAACAGAUAAAUCACUUGACACGGUAGAAUCUUUCGGUGUGCUUGCAAGGACCAUUCAUAGCCCCAGCUUUCAUAAGCGAUGAGAAAGCAGCAUUGAGACAGCAAAAACAAAGAUCGACUGCUCAAUGUCUGUUACACCCAGGGAUGUCCCCAGGGAGGCUGCUAUGACAUCCGGUCAGCUCAGUGAAGUCCAGUCUGACCAAACCGAAUCGAACAGAUGGGGAAUGGCAUGUGCUUCUCAUAAUCUGUAAAAAUCAAACGAAUCACUGGAAAAGUGCCUACGGAGGGAAUGAAUGAAUGGCUGUUUGGCCCUAAAUCCGCUGGGAUGGUUUUAGCUUCCCUGUGAUCCUAAGAAGGAACAAUGGUAUAUACAAUACACGGAUGUAGGAUUUAGUAACUAGAAAAUGUAUUUACCUUUGCAUUUGUUCCUGAAAUUAGAGGAUCUAAAAUGUCAAGUCAAGACCACGAGGUACUACUCACAUGGAUAGAUUUGAGUAGCUCCAAAUAUGUGGCCAUAUCUUCUAUGGGUCUUUCAUCCUGGAAUAUAUGAGCUACAUCUGUAGAUGAGAAUGCAGAUCCCACCCCGUUAUCACUAAUGGUGAGGUUCCUGCAGAAAUGCAAAACUAUCCUGGAAUAGGCGAGAGAAGAGAGGGAAAUGGUCUGUGACCAAUCCAAAAAGUUGCAAACCCUUUCCACUUGUUGACUGUCCCAUUCACACAACUUGGAGUUAUACUCUGAUGAUUGUGCUCCCUUUAUUAUUUUUUAAGUAAGUAAGAUCACAUUGUACUCCCUAGAGGCUGAGAGCAGGAUACAGAAAUAUGAAUGGAGACUUUGUAAGCGCCAACAUCUUCAAAGAUCUCACUGAAGUGGAGGACAAA